AUGGUGUGUAGUUCACAGCAGUUACGGUUGGGGUGCACAGCGACGGGGUUAAGACAGGCGGUGGCACCACCGAGGGGGUUUCGCGGCGAUGAUCCACUAACACGGUGGUCCAGAAGGCUGGUGAGUGGUUGGCCAAAACGGUGUCUGCAUUCUCAUCUAUGCGUCGGCCUUGAGGGGUGUACAAGCGCCUUCAAUGCGCUCAAUUCUAUUCGCACCUGUAUGCACUUUGGGACCACACUCCCUCCUUUUUUUCUGUCACUGAGCCGCGUGGAGGACAUUCACUUCCUCCGCCCCCGCUGCGCAGCUCAGAACGUAGAAGCAGCUGAUGGAGCGGAACCGGGUGUUGCGUUGCGUCAAGUGGCCCGCUUUGGCGAAGGUGCCUUUUUGAAUUCCCCCUCACUUGGGCAACUUCCACUGGUGGCGCUGGAGAAUUACACAAACCGGUCGGAGAGCAUUCUUUCCUGCCGCUUCCCCCCUGCGGCGCGCCUUGUCGUUGGUCAUGAAAACAAUGGCGUAAGCAGGAAAUACAUUGACGAGCUCGACGGGGCCGGCGGGAAGAACUGUCGUGCCGAAGUGGUUGUGUACGUCCCACAGUAUGGAACAAUAAGUUCACUUAACGUGGUGACAUCCAUGGGUAUCGCCCUCUUCUACGCCACUCUGGAUGCCCACUACCCAUCGGCGAGGACCCUGGUGAGUGAUGCGGAAGGUGGUAAGAGCACCGGUACGAGUAGUGAAUUGGAGGCCCUGCGUGCCUAUCAGCGCUUCUUCCGUCAACGGCUCCCCAGCACCGCGGCUGAGUGCAGUAUUUUGCGUGUGGACCAGCGUCCCAUUCAUCCUUUCUACUACAAGAAAAAUGUUUCCACUAUUCUCGAAAUGCAUCGUCAGUUUCGACAGCUAUUGCUGCAAGUCUGCUUGCAGAGAGGCUUCACUGCAUCACCUGGACGCUUUGGGUUAUCUGUGCUCUAUGAGAACGAGCGCGAUCAGCGUAGCCUCGGUGGCAUUCUUCGUAGUGCCAACGCCUUUCUCGUGGAUCAGGUGCUGUACUUUGGGAGGAAAAAGGUGAAUGUCGUGGGAACGGUGGGAACGCAACACUACACCCCGCCGGUGUACUUGGGAAGCUCCAUCAGCGACGACAGCGGCGAUGCGGAGGGGUGGGCGACUAAGCUGUUUCAACGCGUCGAGGCGGCAAACGGUGCGGCUGGCGCUUGGUGGUUUUUUGACUGCGGUCAUGCGUUUCUUUACAGCGAGACUGCCCAUGACAAGGUGGCGCUGGAGGAAAGGGAAAGGAUGAAGAUGAGAGCCACUGCGGAGGCAUUGAGGUGGUACAAUGCGCACCGCGGCGAUCCGGAGUUCAACAUCAGCCUUUGUGACUCCGAGGAGCGACUUCGUGAGGUGGCACAGGGCGGGGUAGUGCUCCUUGUGCCGCAGGAAGGAGUUCUGCCCCCGUUUCAUUUGCUGCGGCGCUGCCAAAGAAUUUUGACCUUGUUGCCGAACGGAGACCAGCUGGAGGGCACCGCUGGGCUACCCGUCGCUGUGGCUGGGGGAAUUGCUCUGCAACGCCUCAGCGCGGUGAUGCAUCCGCGGGUAUUGAUCUUUUAA